UUUCAUUCAUAUAACUAUCUGUUCAUAGUAUGUUUACUUUGUAAACUAGCUAGUCAGCAUUAGAUAGCUAAACUGUAAUGUUAUAAAUGUGUUGUGAACAUACGUCGAUGGCACGUGCUUUAUUGGCUUUGGAACAGUGGUUAUUUAAAAACGUUGCACAUUUACACGACCACAAUGGACGCUUUAAAGUAGCCUACACAAAAUAUUCACGCAUAGCUACAAUAAACAAGUUGCAAACACCGAACAAGGCUGAUGAUGGUGAUUUAUCUGUUUUCAGUAUCCCGCGCACUGCAUAUAGUGAGUUAACCUGCCAUUUCAAUUCCCGAGAAGUAGUCGACUUCGCAGCUCGUGCCUUAAUCUGUUUUUUAUUCAUUUUUGAAUGCAGACAUAAAAAACGUUUCCUAAUGUUUCAUCUCCACGCAGCAAUUGUAAUACCUCGAGCAUUUAAGUGCAUUUUUAUUGUUUUAUUGAAGAUUUAUCAAGCGAAUUAAUUAGGCUUUUCAGUGUUCAGCUUGUUUCGUGCCCCCUUUACUUGCCAUGUUUUUUUUAAAGCUUGCGCAAAGGUAACCCCAUUCAUAUACAUCAACUAACGUUACCUUUAGCGCAUAUUGAAGUAUCUUCUGGCAGGGGAGUUAGAACCCCGACGUUCGUGCUCAAAGUUAAAACGCAUCACUUGCGGUACGAUUUUGGAAACAUAUUUCAGCGAGAAAUUAAAUUACUACACGCCUUUUAUAGGGUUAGGGUUCUCACACGGCUAUAUUUCUAUGUUACAGGGGUACCAGUACCGAGUUGAUGUGCAGGCUGUACGAGGACGAUUCAUUCAUAAAAUUCGAGAAGAAACCUGCAGAAGAAACUUGUUUUGCGACUGUGGGGCAACUGCCUGUCUUUUGGGGAAUAUUUUUGCAUUUGUCGGAUGUCUUUUGGCCUACGGCUGGGCAAUUUCGGGUGGUUCCCCAAUGACCUGCCACUCACCCGAAUCCACCGAGACCAUCGAAAAUGAGAGAAGAACGGAUACCGAGUCGCGAGUUGUUGACUCCGAUGAGACUCGCAUCGGUCAAGCCAUGAAAGACCUUAAAAAUACAGGCUGGUACUGGGGCAGCCUGACCGCCAACGAAGCCAAAGAGAUUCUCCAGGAUGCAUCAGAGGGCACCUUCCUGGUGCGAGACAGCUCCCAGAGGGACUACCUGUUCACCAUCUCUGCCAUGACCUCCGCCGGCCCAACCAACUUGCGCAUCGAGUACAAGGAGGGGAAGUUUAAACUGGACUCGGUGGUGCUGAUCAAGCCCAAGCUCAAACAGUUUGACAGUGUGGUGCACCUGGUGGAACACUACGUGCAGCUGUCCAGGACUACCAGUAAAGGUGCGUUGUCAGGGGCGUCACAGUCCCUGGCCCCACCCAACGGGACGGUUCAGCUGCUACUGACUAAGCCUGUGUACACUGCCACGCCCUCUCUACAGCACCUGUCCCGGAUCGCCAUCAACAACGCCACCAGGCAGGUGCAGGAGCUGCCUUUACCCAACAGGCUAAAGAACUACCUGACGGACUACAGCUACAAUGUAUAGUAGGACUGCAAAUCCCAGAUGUGGUUUGGGAUAGAGAGCAGUGCACCUGCCAUAUAGUGGCAGUCAGACUAUCACCCAGUCCGAAGUCAAUCUUUAGCCCCAACCACUAGACACGGCUUGACGGCCCCCGUACUUCUGGAAGGAUUGCUGUUGAGCAAAAUGCUUAUAGAGCCAAAUCAGUCAUCUAAUCCUCAGGAAGCUAGGUGGAAUUUUUCCUAACAUUACUACACAUUACUUCCUUUAGCGCUACAGUUGUUCAUCAAAAAGGGCUUAGGAGUUGGAGCUAAGGGUUGAUUUCAGACCUGGGUCAUGUUCAUAAUCUCUGAAACUGGUGCAAAUGUUUUCAAGCCGAGGUGGCCAUCCCUCCUGCCUGCAGACCAGCUCAGGUAAACAGGGUCUCGGACCCUUCUGAACGAGACCCAGGAGGGAUGGCAGUUGGCACUCACUUUUUUUUUUUUUUUUGCUUCUCGGUUCAAGCUCUUUGUUGUUGCUUUACAUACUCUGCCUCAUGUCUGAGAAAUGAGCAUCUGACACGGUGUCCACUUUUUGUUCUGAUUUAUGUUUGAGUUUGUUCAUAUUCUAUAUUUUCUUUUUUUUUGUACUGUAAUCAUAAGAAGGGGCAGUGCUGGGGUGUCGAACUACAUGUAGUGCAACUAGUCAUUUAACUACAUUUUUCAGUAGCUUGGAGAUAGUUGAACUAAAUUCAAAUAUUGGUCUUGUUUUCAGUAGUUAAUUACUUUUUUGGUGUGUAGCGAACUACACUAUUUUUUUUUUUUAAUUGUAAAGUUUGCAACUUAUUUUUCAGCCUCAGACUUACUUAAUUGUCACUUGAAAAUGUUUUGGUGUUUUAAUAGGGCUAAAUUAUGAAUAUUUGACUCCAGGGUGAUCUGACUUGCAAUUUGUAGUCUGACAUUUCAAAUUCUUAUAUCUACAUUUUUCAUGUAGUAGUCUGGAUGUAGUGAACACAUUUUUUUCAAAAUAACUUUAGUUAAGUAAGCUAUAAGUGCAGCUUAUUUUCUUCCAGUGCAAAGUAAUUGGUAACUUGGUAAACUAUUUUCAGUGUAGCUUCCCCAACACUGAGAAGGGAGAAUUAUUAUUUAUUUAUUUUCACUCUUCUGAUUUUUUUGGGGGUAUAUUUUUUUGUGGGGGGUUGAUAAAGCACAAGCAAUAUACUGUCUUCAAAUCUGGCGUUGGUUUCUCUCACACUGUCUCGCUCUGCCUCCUGCUAAGAGGUUGAAAGUAAUAGAUUUUCGGAACUUCUUAAUCCUGGAUGUUCCUCCCACUACGCAUCACUUUUCUGCGAAACCUCAAUACUUCAUCACUGCAUUUUCCUUCAAUAGAAAAUGCCCUUGAGCAAGUUGCUGCUCACACCUCAGAACUAGACCUUGGUUAGACAGACAGUCUGUAUCUAGCUACUACUAAAAGAAGGAAUUACAUUUCCAAGAGCAUAUUAGAUGUUCGGCCAGGGGUUUUCAUUGGAUCGACGUGAAUCUUAUUAUAAUCAAUAUUUUUUGAAGUAUUUAUUGAUUGUGCUACUGUGUUUCCUAGAAAAAUAAAAGUUACAAAAAUAAA